CUGCCGGCCCGGUACCAUCUGAUCUGGCCAGGAUGACCGAACUCAGUGAGGAGAAGCCGCGGGUCAAGGUGCUCUCCCCGGGCUUUGGGAUCGACAAGGCUCGCCUGCACGGCCCCGGGUUCCGGUCCAAAGGGUUCGCUAUCACUGACCUGCUGGGCCUGGAGUCGGACCUGCAGGCGCGGCAGCCCGGUUCCGUCCCGAGCUCGGGCCUGGCCGCGGGCCCCGUACCCGGGGCGGAGCCGCAGGGUCCGACGGGCGGACUGGGCGGGUUUUCCUUCCCGGGCGGUUCGCUCCCGCUCGGGCUCGGGUUCUUGUGCAGCCUGGCGGCCCAGCAGCCCACCGGAGCCCCCUGCUUCCUCCCGGGCCACCUGCCGUUGCUGCAGGCCCGGCCCGACGCCCACUACCUGCAGAACCUGGAGGCUCAACGCGACGCUUACUCCGAUGAAGACGUUCUGUCGGACCGGAACGAGUCCAAAAGCUCCGGAAACUCCCAGAAGAGGAAGAAGCGGAGACACAGGACGGUCUUCACGUCCCAUCAGCUGGAGGAGCUGGAGAAAGCCUUCCAUGAAGCUCAUUACCCAGAUGUGUACGCCCGAGAGAUGCUCGCCCUGAAGACCGAGCUUCCUGAGGACCGAAUCCAAGUCUGGUUCCAGAACCGACGGGCCAAGUGGCGGAAGCGUGAGAAGUGUUGGGGCCGCAGCAGCGUCAUGGCGGAGUACGGGUUGUAUGGAGCCAUGGUCCGACACUCCAUCCCGCUGCCAGAAUCCAUCCUGAACUCCGCCAAGAACGGCAUGAUGGGAUCCUGCGCUCCCUGGCUGCUCGGUGAGCCGCAUGCACGUAUGCACAAGAAGUCUAUGGAAAUGGCCAAGAAGUGUUCGAGUCCUCCAGCGUCUGACUCAACCCGAUCAGAACCCUUCUGUGACGCUUCAGACAGGCGAACCAGCGAGGCACAGGAGGAGGAGGACCUCCCAGAGGAAGAGAUGGAGGAGGAGGUGGCAAUCGACCUGUCCAGCUCCGCCAAACAGCCGCAGGAGGAGGACGGCGGCUGCACAAAGACCGCCACCUCACCACAGCCUCAGAGUGGCAGUGACUCAGAUGAAUGCAGCUGAAAGUAGGAGGAGUCUGAGGAGAGAACAGGAAUCUGAUUGGCUCUUCUUUCAGGAAGCUCAGCCAACGAACAGCUACAACGUCACCUGUUGCUAUACAUUAAAAACUUAAUUAGUGUUUUAAUUUUUUACAGCUUGUGUGAAUUGUGACGUUGAUACAAUCAAAGUGUUGCUCUCACAGUUAACCAGAUAUUGGCCAAUCAGAACAAAGCAUUUGCUUUAUGGAGGCGGGUCUUAAAGAGACAGGUGGGGAAUGACCUGAGGAGUUUCAGGAUAAACCACCAGAAGCUACAACAGGACUGAAAUUACCUUAAACUUGCAGUAUGAAGCAUGACUUGGACUGUUCCCAUGACUAGAGCUGUUCCCAUGACUAGAGCUGUUCCCAUGACUGGAGCUGCUCCCAGUCACAGAGCUGCACUUGGGUCAGAGUUCCAGUGGCUUUGGCUGUUACAUUAUAAUAAGAGAAAAUAUUGCACAUUUGCUUGGGUCAGGGAUUCCGAAGCUCUUUACAGUACAAUCAUUCACUCACUGGUGCUGAUGAGCUACAUCAACCACCACUGGCAGGCAAGAAGGGUGAUGUGUCUUGCUCAAGGACACAACAACUGCCACAAACAUAGCUUGGGUAUUAACUGGAAACCCACUGGUUACAGGGUGAACUAAGCAAAGCUGAACCACCAUUGCGUGGUUUACCCUGACUCAGUUCAUUUGCCCAUAAAACCAUUGUACAUGACCUGAACCAUUUUUAGGACUUGGACCAUUUCCUAUGACUCGGACGUUGAUCUCAGGCCGAUUCAUGAGUAAUUAAAUUAUGAACAUUCUUUCUGUGCUUGUUUUCUUAUUGUGAGAAAAGUUGUUUUUAUAUUUUGUGUUGUCUGGAGAAUUUUAUUUAAUUUUUAUAGAGUUCUGUGUGUUUUACAGUUUGGCUCUGAAUGUAAAUUAAAUGUUUAAAAUGAUUACCAUUAGUAUCAAAGGUAUGUACAGCAGGAGGUUCAGCUGAUGGAAAAUAAAAUUCCUAUUUUUUGAACA